GGCCACAAAAGGUUUUCCAUGCCUUGGCUCCACGUUCCUGCUUCCUAGCUAGUCCCAGGGGCGGAACCGAGGCAGGGGCCGGCACCAGGAAGGAGCAAGGAGGGGAAAGGGGACGACGAAUUCUUGUGGCCACCCGCCACCAUCGCCAAGGUUUUCGCUGAAGCUUUUCUGUUUUGGGCGGGGGCUCAGAGUCAGACCAUCUGUUUUGCUGGCUGGUUGAUAUCGUAGGGGCGCGGAGAUGCCGCCGUCGUCGUCGUCCUCGGUCCAACGCGCGACCAGCGACGCGCUCAUCGGUCCCGACUGGGCGACCAACCUCGAGAUCUGCGACACCCUCAACCGCGAUCCAGGGCAUACAAAAGAUGUUGUCAAGUCGCUCAAGAAACGCAUUGCGCACAAGAACUCGAAGGUCCAGCUUCUCGCCCUCACGUUGCUGGAGACAAUGAUUAAAAAUUGCGGGGACAUUGUCCAUAUGCAUGUUGCUGAGAGAGACAUACUUCAUGAAAUGGUGAAGAUAGUAAAGAAAAGGCCUGAUUAUCACGUAAAAGAGAAGAUUCUCACGCUGAUCGACACUUGGCAAGAAUUUUUUGGCGGCGCACGUUCAAAAUAUCCGCAAUACUAUGCAUCAUACCAGGACCUUUUGCGUGCCGGAGCUGUAUUUCCUCAAAGAACAAAUGGAUCUGUGCCAAUAUUUACUCCUCCGCAGACUCAGCCUCUACAAAACUAUCCUCCUGCUCCACGUGAUGCUGACCACGAGGCUCCUGAAUCGUCAGCGCAGGAUUUUCCUGCCGCAAGCCUGGCAGAUAUUCAGAAUGCACGGGGUAUCGUGGACGUUCUUUCGGAGAUGUUGAAUGCUUUAGAUCCUAGUAAAAGACAGGAACUUCGUCAGGAGGUCAUCGUCGACCUUGUGGAUCAGUGCCGCACAUACAAGCAGAGAGUGGUGCAGCUUGUCAAUAGUACCUCGGAUGAGGGGUUGCUCAGCCAGGGUCUUUGUUUGAAUGAUGAUCUGCAGCGUGUUUUAGCAAAACACGACGCUAUUGCCGCAGGCAUAGCGGUUCCGGUGGAGAAGCAGAGAUCGCUCCAUUCCACGCCAGCAAAGCCAGAUACUACAAAAGAAGCAGUGCAGAGGUCUUCAGCAACUACUACAAGUGCAAGCAAGCAGUCACCCUUUGAACAAUUAGCACUUCCUGCACCUACAUCAUCUAGCAGUGCAAAAGCUGUUGUUGCAGCACCAGCUCCGAGUUUCGACCUCCUUAGUGGAGACGAAUACAUCAAACCUGAACCUGAAAAUUCGCUGGCGCUUGUUCCUGUCAGUGAAUACUCAGCUUCAGACCAGAAUGUAUUGGCACUUGCAGACAUGUUCCAGCAAAAUAGUGCUGCUGCCAACAAUAGAAACCAUAACCAGCUUACAAACUCUUUUAUUUCCCCUGCAUCUCGAGCAAACACUGCUCCAGUGCACCCUGUCCUGCCUCAGCAACCCACUACUUAUUCAAACGUGGACAUCGUACCUUACGGUCAACAAUCUCAACUGAACGCCACAAGGUCAUGGAAUGGGCAGCCUGCUUAUGGAGUGGAUUCUCAAUGGCAAACACUAAAUUAUGGUGUAGAGGAUCGAAACGGCAGCCUUCCACCACCACCCUGGGAAAUUCAGUUGACGGGUAACCGACCCCAAGACAGCCAACUUGGUGCAAUGUCACUGCAUCCACAGCAACCUGCGGGGGUGCAACCCCAAUCAGCACAGAUUGGUCAAGGAUUCAUGUCAACACAACAAAUGCAGAGGCAGCAACCACCACCACGGUAUGUGCCGGACAUGCAGUACGGGGGCAUGUACCCUAACUCGAUGCAAAUGAACCAAGGAACGGGCAUGAACUCCCAACCGAUUGUCGGUGGACGGUUUUAUGGGAUGAACUAUCAACAGUCAUAUGCAGUUCAAAUGGCCGGUUAUGGGUAUGGGCAGCAAUCUGGGGGAUACUAUAUCCCGAACGCUGCAUACGCGUAUACCAGUGCAAAUGAACUUUCUCAGAGAAUGAAUGGAGCAACGCCAUCCGUUUCCCUGAAGCAGCAGAGCAAAGCAAGCAGACCAGAAAACUCGCUCUUUGGCGAUCUUCUUAGCAUGGCCAAAAUGAAGCAGAGCAAACCUGCAGCUGGUAAGGUCGGUGGCUUGUAAGAAGAAUGGUGGAGUGGAUGCAUGAUUUUGCCAGCAGCAAAAGCUUUACCUCGUAAUCUCGUAGUACAUAAUUCUAUUUGGCACUUUUGGUACAAUGCCAGAUGGUUUAUUGAUGUAAAUUCCAUUUUUAGGCACAGAUACAUACUGGAAAGCAAUGGACUGUAUGAUUCCUGUAUGAUAUGGUGUGAUUAUAUAACAUAGUACGAAUUUUGUA